UCUAAUACGGUGCCGUUUCGCAUCUAAGGACAUCCAAAGUUAGACAAUGGCUCAAGUAACAAUGGAUCCUUCUAAAAAAGUUGAUGACAAUGUUGCUUCCUCUACUUACAAAUCUCAAAAUUCAGCAUCAUCAUUCAAAAGGUUGGGCAGGAAAUCACCAUUCACUAGAUAUGGACUUCCUAUGAUCUCACUAAUGGUGCUUGGGUCUUUUGGCCUUGGCCAUCUUCUGCAAGGCAGCAAGGAUAUUGCUAAAGUGAAGGAUGAUUGUGAGUGGGAGAUCAUUGAGACAAGAAAAGCACUUUCAAAAGAAGGGCCUGUCAAUGCAUAUAACCCCAGAAAGAUAAAUUUGGAGGAUGAGUUGAAGGCUCUGCAAGAAAAGGUUGAUAUAAACACUUAUGAAUACAAGAGAAUUCCUAAGCCCAAUUAG